AUUCGAGCCCUAGCUGCCUGCUGCCCUAUUCGAUUCUUCAUUUGAGCGUGACGAACGUCUCUGCUCAGAGAGCCAACACGAGAGGAGAGAGUGACUGAGUGAGAGACCCUUCAUUCUGGCCUUCUUCUUCGACCCUUCGAAGCCCUCUGGCCUUCGUGAGUUGGUCUUCCACACUGCGAACCAGCAGGAGCCCUUCGCGAGUUCGUCACUACGUCAGGAGCUUCGCGAGUUCAUCGUGGACAUUAUCAAACCAGAAGGAGCUCCUCGCAAGCUCGUCUUUGAGCGUUUGUGAGUUCGUGAGUUCCUUUGCGUUGAAGUUCGAAUUUGAGUUAUUGGAAUAGUUAGUAUUGUUGGUGUUGACAAGGUCACUAAAUUUAUCGGCACCUGAAGAGUUCACAUCUUCCUAUCUCACCAGCAAACACUGAUGGGGAAGAAGAAAAUGAUAAAAGAUGGCAGCCAAAGCGAACACUGCCUUUCGACUGUGUUUGUCUCCAACUUGCCCUACUCCUUCACCAACUCUCAGCUUGAAGAAACAUUCAGUGAUGUUGGACCAAUUAGGCGUUGCUUCAUGGUUACAGAGAAAGGGUCAACCAAACACCGCGGUUUUGGUUUUGUUCAAUUUGCUGUUACGGAAGAUGCAAACCGUGCUAUUGAGCUGAAAAAUAGUUCAAGUGUUGGAGGUCGGAAAAUUGGAGUUAAACAUGCAAUGCAUCGUAUGCCCCUUGAGCAGCGUCGGUCAAAGGCAAAUCAAGUUAACUCAGAUGAUAACACGAAGACGAAAAAUGGUAAGGAAAGCUCUGCUUCUGGGGUAAACAAGCAUGGGCCAGAUCCAAGCUUGCACAAAAUAGAAAAACAGCCGGAACCUCGAAAAGCCAUGAUACUUCGCAGUGAUCUAGCUGACAAAGAGAAUUGCUCAGAAAAGCAAAGGGUUGCUAGGACCGUCAUAUUUGGUGGUCUUCUUAAUGCUGAUAUGGCAGAGAAUGUUCACCAUCAGGCUAGGGAGAUUGGCCCUGUUUGUUCUAUAACUUAUCCUCUUCCAAAACAUGACCUUGAAUCCCAUGGUCUGGCUCGAGAUGGAUGCAAGGAGGAUGCUUCGGCUGUCCUUUAUACAAGUGUUAAAUCAGCAUGUGCAUCUGUUGCAAUGUUACACCAAAAAGAGAUAAAAGGGGGAUUUGUUUGGGCACGUCAAUUAGGUGGGGAGGGAUCCAAGACUCAAAAAUGGAAACUUAUUGUUAGAAAUCUUCCUUUCAAGGUAAGAGAAAAUGAGAUAAAAGAUAUGUUUUCACCAGCAGGGUUUGUAUGGGAUGUGUUUAUUCCUCAGAAGACUGAGACAGGAUUAUCCAAGGGUUUUGCUUUUGUUAAAUUCACAUGCAAACAAGAUGCAGAAAAUGCUAUCCAGAAAUUCAAUGGUCAAAGAUUCAGAAAAAGGACUAUUGCUGUUGACUGGGCUGUGCCAAAGAAAAUUUAUAGUACUGGCUCUAAUUCAGUUUUUGCUUCAGAAGAAGGCCAGCAGAGUGGUAGUGAUGAGGAAGAUGAUGGUAGCAGCGAUGGUUUGGAGGACGAUGUGUCAGAUAUCAACGAGAAACAUCAACUCCCUCAUGAGGUUUCUAUUGCUCCUGGUGACACUGAUAUGCCAGAGGAUGAAGUUAUGCCCACUGAAGUUGAUUUUGAUGAUGAAGCAAACAUGACCAGAAAAGUUCUUAAGAACUUGCUCACAUCCUCUGCAAAGAGGGCUUACUCUGUUGAUGAUUCCAAGAUAGAUGAAACUCUGAAUGAUGAUGAACCUGUUGGUGUAAACAGCAUUAUUUCUGACAAGUCUGGAAAGUUAUCAGAUGUAACCAUGAGUGGAAAGUCCAGCAAAGGCAAACUGAACAGUGCUGAACUUAGGGAGAAAGAAGAUGAUUUGCAGAGAACAAUUUUCAUAAGCAACCUUCCUUUUGAUAUCAGCAAUGAAGAAGUGAAACAAAGGUUUUCUGGAUAUGGGGAAGUGCAAUCUUUUCUCCCAGUGCUUCAUCAAGUCACCAAGCGGCCAAGAGGAACUGGUUUUCUCAAGUUUAAUACAAUUGAUGCAGCUGAUGCUGCAAUUUCAGCAGCAAAUGCUACAACUGGUGUGGGGAUUUUCCUGAAGGGUAGGCAAUUGACAGCUUUGAAGGCUUUGGACAAGAAAUCAGCCCAUGACAAGGAAUCAGAGAAGGCCAAAACUAAGGAACAUGACCACCGAAACCUUUACCUGGCAAAGGAAGGUCUUAUUCUCGAGGGGACUCCAGCUGCUGAAGGUGUUUCGGCUAGUGAUAUGUCAAAGCGCCAAAUGUUGGAAAAGAAAAAGAUGACUAAACUUCAAUCUCCGAAUUUUCAUGUUUCAAGGACUAGGCUUGUAAUACACAACCUACCAAAGUCAAUAACUGGAAAAGAACUAAAAAAACUUUGCAUAGAUGCUGUUACAUCGCGAGCUACUAGACAAAAACCUGUGAUUCGACAGAUAAAAUUCUUGGGGUUUUCUAAGAAAAUAAAGGAUGUUGCAAUGAAUAAAUCACGUGGGAUUGCUUUUGUUGAGUUUGCAGAACAUCAGCAUGCCCUUGUGGCUCUGAGAGUUCUUAACAACAAUCCAGAAACUUUUGGGCCUGAACAUCGCCCGAUUGUGGAAUUUGCUGUUGACAAUGUCCAGACGUUGAAGCGACGGGAAGCAAAGCAACAAGCUCUGCAGCAAGGUACUGUUGAUGAUUCAGAAGAUGAUUUGCAAAAUGAUGACACACAUACUGCAGAUUCCAAUCUGAUUAAGAAAUCAAGAAAAAGAAAAUCCAGAGACAAUGAUAAAUCAUUUGAGGCUUCCAACUCCAAUCACGAUGGAGUUGAGAAUGAGGCACCAGGAGCUGCAACUGAAGAAGGCAGAGUUUCCAAGAGGAAACAGAAUAAUCUGGCAAGAGAAAGGAUAAACAACUUUUCAUCAGUAGGAAAACCAAAAGGCCCAAAACAAAAGAUUAAGGAUGCUCAUGAUGAUGCAAAGAAUGAUCUCGGUAGAUCUGUGAAAGUUGAAAAUAAGGCAACUGAUGCCAGUGACUCAAGAUUGAGGGAAACCAAAGCGCAAUCAAAUGUGCAGUUGAAAAAGAGGGUGCUGCAGGAGGAUCCAGAACAACAGAAGAAUGAGAAAGGUUGGAAGAGAAGGAGUGCUAAAAAGGAAAAAGACCAAUUAAAUACCCCAACUGAUGCUGGUGAGUUGAGGUCAAGGGAAACAAAAGUGCGAUCAAAUGUGCAGCUGAAAAAGAGAGAGCUGCAGGAGGAUCCAGGACAACAGAAGAAUGGGAGAAGUUCAAAGAGAAGUGCUAAGAAGGAAAAAGACGCAUUUAGGCAUGAAAUAGCAGAUAAGCUUGACAUGCUAAUUGAACAAUAUCGAUCCAAAUUUUCACAGCAGAGUUCUGACAAGAACGAUGGCGAAAAGAAAGGUUCCAGACAGCUUCGAAGAUGGUUCCAAUCAUAAAUUUAUGUGAAACUGGUUUUUGUUCCUUGAUAAUGUUUGUAUUGAAGCAAAUUUUGACAUUUUUGGGAGCUUGUAUGCCAUAGUGCAAUUUUGAUGUUGUGUAGCCUGUUUUCAAACCCUUUCUUACUUACAAUAUUUAGGGAUUUCUGGGCAUCUAAAUGAAUGACAAUCUAUGCAAUAUGUAUUA